UACACAGCAGCAGUGUUAUACACAGCAGCAGUGAUAUACACAGCAGCAGUGUUAUACACAGCAGCAGUGUUAUACACAGCAGCAGUGAUAUACACAGCAGCAGUGUUAUACACAGCAGCAGUGUUAUACACAGCAGCAGUGUUAUACACAGCAGCAGUGUUAUACACAGCAGCAGUGAUAUACACAGCAGCAGUUGUGUGUAAACAAGUGACAUAUUGGUGGGGAAGUGGAGUGAGAUUUGAAGCAUGUUUUGCUUAGUCCCACCCCCAGCUGGCCAGGCGCCAUGAGCGGCAAGAACUGUUGGACCAAGACCAAGACCAGGAGCAGGAGCGGGAGCGGGAGCAGGAGCAAGCUGCUGCAGCAUGUUGAGCUUUUUGGAAGUCUUGCUCGUCCUUCAGCUGCACGUGUCGCCUCUCCUGAACGCACAUUUGAAGAGAUAAUCUUGCCGACGAAACGAAAAGAUUUGGACGUACUUUUGAACGGUUUGCUCCUUGAUCCUGUCCUGUAGCGGCUGAAAUCUUGCGCGAGUAAGUACCGGUAAGCAUGCUGGGUCGCAUAGCUGGCCGCCCGGAGACGCACCUGCAGAGCGCGGGUCGGAUGGCCCCAGGCCAGCACUGAUUGGCUGGGUCGCGUAGCUGGCCGCCCUCCUGCAGAGCGUGGGUCGGAUGGCCACAGGCCAGCACUGAUUGCACGAGCAGCCAUGUCUCCCACCAUGAUGGAGCAUAGCACCCUGACCCUGGACGCCAAAUACUGCAACAGCUCCUCGUCAUCGUCCAGCUCCGAUAACGACAAAAAGACCCUGAACCGGCCGAGCGUGUCCGCGGACGAGGCGAGGAAGAAGGCGGAGAUCCUGAGCGGCCAGUACGGCACCAACCUGCUGCUGAUGGGCGCCGCGCUCAUGCUGGCCUUGGCGCACCACAACCCGUCCAUCAAGGAGGACCACCUGCUGGCCUUCGUCACCUGCCUGAUGGUCCUGCAGCUGCUCUGGAUGAUGUGGUACGUCCUGCUGCGGCGCCGCCACAGGAGCGCGCUCACCGACAAAGACGUCCACGCCACCACCUGCUGGAUCAGAGGUGGUUUGACUCUUCUUGCACUGCUGUCUUUAAUCAUGGAUGUGUUUCGAAUCGGAUACUACGUGGGCUACCAGUCUUGUGUGUCGGCUGUCCUCGGGGUGUAUCCUGUCAUCCAUGCAACACACACCAUAGCACAGGUGCACUUUCUCUGGUUUCACAUCAAGGAUGUCAUCAAGAGUUUUGAGACCUUUGAGAGAUUUGGUGUCAUCCAUGCCGUCUUCACCAACCUCCUCCUGUGGUGCAACGGUGUGAUGUCCGAAGCCGAGCACUUCCUGAACAACCACAAAAGAAGACUCUCUGCCCUGGGCUACGGAAACCUCACUAUAGUUCACACGGAGCCCGGCUGUAACUGCAGCACCAGCACCUGCUCCAUCUUCUCCAGCAGCCUCUACUAUCUCUAUCCCUUCAACAUCGAAUACCACAUCUUUGUGUCCGCCAUGCUCUUUGUCAUGUGGAAGAACAUCGGCCGCACCAUUGAGCUGUCUUCCAACCGGAAAAGGCUGGCGACCAAAACCCAAGGUUUGACCCUGGGCCCGGUUCUGGGUCUUGUCGCCUUUGCCAGCACUAUCGGGAUUUUGGUGGUGUACAUAACGCAUGUGGAGGGCUCCCUUCAAACACGACGCUCUGCCAUUUCUAUGUUCUACAUUUACGGCAUCGUCAUGCUUGUGUUUAUGUGCUCUGCCUGUGCUUCAGGUCUGCUCAUAUACCGAGCAGAUCGCAUGCCCCCGGACACCUCCGAGAACCCCUCCAGGCAGCUGGACACAGAGCUGCUGUUUGGCUCCUCUAUGGGCUCCUGGUUCAUGUCCUGGUGCAGCAUAGUGGCGGUGUUGGGAGCCACCAGCAGCCCCCCUUACCGCUGGACCAAUCUCACCUAUUCUCUGCUGGUGGUGUUGGAGAAGUGCACCCAGAACCUCUUCAUCAUCGAGUCCCUCUACCGCCGGCAGGAAGUUGCCGGGCGGGACGACCCGGAGUUAGCGGCGUCACCGCAAAUCUUCUCCGUGGAGUCCGCUUUGGCCCCGCCUUACAACGGCAUCUUCAACCGAGCCUACGACACCCCUGACAAGGCUUGUGUCGCCGUGGACAACGAGCAGGAAGACCACGGGCGGGCGUACAAAUGUCCCAGGAAAAGCUCGGACCAUCCCCUGCCCUCCGGGAACCAGGCCCCAAAUAUCAAGAGGCGAAUCCUGAAGAACAUCGCAGUCUUCUUGAUUAUGGGCAACAUCUCGCUGUGGAUCCUUCCUGCCUUUGGUUGUCGGCCGCAGUACGAAAAUGGAUUGGAACAGGAGACCUUCGGCUUCAGCACAUGGACUACCACUCUCAAUUUCGCCGUUCCUUUAAACCUUUUCUACCGCAUGCACUCAGUGGCGUCUCUCUUUGAGGUCUUCCGCCGGGUCUGACAAGGGCGGACGCACAAGAACACUCCCGUUGCCCACUUGAACGACACUCCCUACCACCUGAAGAUGACUGGUAUGGUCUCUCUUUGAGGUCUUCCACCGGGUCUGACAAGGGCGGACGCACAAGAACACUCCCGUUGCCCACUUGAACGACACUCCCUACCACCUGAAGAUGACUGGUAUGGUCUCUCUUUGAGGUCUCCCGCCGGGUCUGACAAGGGCGGACGCACAAGAACACUCCCGUUGCCCACUUGAACGACACUCCCUACCACCCGAAGAUGACUGGUAUGGUCUCUCUUUGAGGUCUUCCACCGGGUCUGACAAGGGCGGGCGCACAAGAACACUCCCGUUGCCCACUUGAACGACACUCCCUACCACCUGAAGAUGACUGGUAUGGUCUCUCUUUGAGGUCUCCCGCCGGGUCUGACAAGGGCGGACGCACAAGAACACUCCCGUUGCCCACUUGAACGACACUCCCUACCACCUGAAGAUGACUGGUAUGGUCUCUCUUUGAGGUCUCCCGCCGGGUCUGACAAGGGCGGACGCACAAGAACACUCCCGUUGCCCACUUGAACGACACUCCCUACCACCCGAAGAUGACUGGUAUGGUCUCUCUUUGAGGUCUUCCACCGGGUCUGACAAGGGCGGGCGCACAAGAACACUCCCGUUGCCCACUUGAACGACACUCCCUAGCACCCGAAGAUGACUGGUAUGGUCUCUCUUUGAGGUCUUCCACCGGGUGUGACAAGGGCGGACGCACAAGAACACUCCCGUUGCCCACUUGAACGACACUCCCUAGCACCCGAAGAUGACUGGUAUGGUCUCUCUUUGAGGUCUUCCACCGGGUGUGACAAGGGCGGACGCACAAGAACACUCCCGUUGCCCACUUGAACGACACUCCCUACCACCUGAAGAUGACUGGUAUGGUCUCUCUUUGAGGUCUUCCACCGGGUGUGACAAGGGCGGACGGACAAGAACACUCCCGUUGCCCACUUGAACGACACUCCCUACCACCCGAAGAUGACUGGUAUGGUCUCUCUUUGAGGUCUUCCACCGGGUGUGACAAGGGCGGACGCACAAGAACACUCCCGUUGCCCACUUGAACGACACUCCCUACCACCUGAAGAUGACUGGUAUGGUCUCUCUUUGAGGUCUUCCACCGGGUGUGACAAGGGCGGACGCACAAGAACACAGCCGUUGCCCACUUGAACGACACUCCCUAGCACCCAAAGAUGACUGGUAUGACCCAACAUGUUCAGCCGUGUGAUGAACUUUUUUAUGGUUUGUUCUCUUUCAGUUAGUCUGGUGGACUUAGACCUGGUCACAUUGUUCCCCUCAUUCAAAGACAUCACAGCACUGUGCUUUAUAGAAGGUGAACAUAGUUCAAAUGCAGAUAGUUUAUGGAGGACGCUGUCAUUUACUCUGAAAUAAUAGAUUUGUUACAUUUCCCCUGGGUUUUUAAAUCUCAGAGGACCAUCUCAGCUCAGUGCCAUAUUGUAGGCCUGGAAGCUAACGUCAGAGAGAAAUGACAAAUGCCAAGCUCUGUGUUUCAUCAAAUGUGGUAGAAAAUAGUCCAAAAGGUCUCUCAACUGCACGAAAAGACUUUGUUGACUUGGAAACAUGUGACAUUUGUGUCCCGAUAUAAAAAGGAUAGGAUGGCUAAGACCAUUAUUUUUGACAGUUGGUGCUUGUCUGCUGCAAAACUUUGACAGUUGCAGGAUUAUUGUGGAUUUGUACGCAGCAUGUUGGUGAAGUACCACCUUUCUUUUAAAGGCAUUUUUCUGACUGUUUCAAGGUUCUGAAAGUUGCCUAAGUCAACAAUGGUUUUCUUUUUCAGCCCGACUGAGGUUGGGACACCGAAGCAGGACUCCGAUCACUUGAAUCUAGCCUGCGCUUCUCAUUUUGGUGCUCUCGUCCUUCCUCUGGGGAAGUGCCAACCUGCAGGCCUGGAAGGGCUUUUGCUUUGUUAUGCUCAUGUUUGUAAAUACUCAUACUGAUCCAAAUGAACACACUGUGAUGUGAUUUUGUGAAAAUCCGAUGCACUGGUGCUCAUAGAAAAACAUUUGAAAUAAAUAGUUUUUAUUCAUACCACGGUUCUUAAAUCUCUUGAGUAGGCCACUCUGACCUUCCACGCUGCUGCAUGACGGAUCUGGUUUAUGUGAGACUAUAGCCAAUAGCUAAAUUCCAUCUCCAGUCCCUUGGCAAACUGAUGUUAAAAUGAAGACAGACAUUGAAAAUGUAGGACACAGAUGAACAAUAUUCAUUCAAAGCUCAGAUUAAAGUUCCCGAGGUGGUGUAAACCUGCACUCACUGCCACAAGGCGUUAAACACCUGAUCAAAUACAGUGGCUACGCUAAGUAUUCAGACCCUUUUAAAGUGUUCACUCUCAAAAUGA